AUGGAUUAAAAAAAAUUUAUAGAAGCCAAAUAGAAACUUAAGGAUUAUAGAAUUUUGUAAACCCUAUGCUAAAUUGAUUUCUCUAUUUACAAAUUGGCGAAAAACAAAAAAACUGGGGAUUACAUUUUAAUAAAAAUUUAUGCUAAAAAAUCUCUUACUUCUAACAUUUCUUUAAGGAAUAAGGUUCAAUAGGAACAAAUAUUUUUAUCUACCUUAAAAAGUCCUUUCAUUAUUAAAACCUUUGAUACUUUUGAAGAUGAAGAUAAUUAUUAUAUUUUAUAAGAGUAUUGUCAAGGGGGAAAUCUCAUUUCUCUUUUAUCAAGAUUCAGACCGGAUAAUGAUUUGGCAGUAUUUUAUGCUGCUCAAGUUGUUCUUUUACUCGAGUAUUUGCAUUCCAAAAAUAUCUUAUUUCGGUGCAUUAAUUCAGAAAUUUUUCAUAUUUGUUCUGAUGGUUAUCUGAAAAUAUCAGAUUUUUUCCAUGCGAAACAAAUGUAAAAAAAGGGUAGAACUUAUACCAUAGCAGGCUUUCUUGAAUAUAUUGCCCCAGAGGUCAUUUGUUAACAUGGUCAUGCAUUAUCACCAGAUUGGUGGGCCUUAGGAGUGUUGAUUUUUGAACUUUUGGCUGGAAUUCUUCCUUUUUAUGGUGACUUUCAUAUUUUGUUUAAUUAAAUUUAAAAAGGGCAAAUAAAAUACCCAGAUUAUUUUUCAAAAGAAGCAAAAGAUUUAAUUUCAUAAUUGCUAUAAGUUAGACCAUUCAACAGGCUUGGAUACAUAAAAGGAGGAGUUAAUGAUGUCAAAAAGCAUAAGUGGUUUAAAAAUAUUAAUUGGAAAGAAUUAGCUCAAAAAAAUAUCAAGGCACCAUAUAUACCAAAGAUUAAUGGUUUUGGAGAUACUUCUAAUUAUAAUUAUUAUCUUUAAAGUAAUGAGGGGGAGGAUAUAAUCAAUUAAUUCUAAUAAUGAUAAUCUACUAAUUGGUGGAUUUGAUGUUUAAAAUAAAUAUAUUAAAAUAAAGCUAAAGUUCUAUUUUUU